GGCGUGGCGGGCGGAAGGGGACAGAGAGCUUCCGGUGUGACGUGCAUGUAGUCCCUGGGCCAUACAGGAACAGUGUUUGUGCAGCUGACAAGCAGGCAAAGUCCUGACACAAGCUGCGGGACACGCCUAACUAACCUUUCUAGGAAGUCUUCCAGGUCUCGAUGUGAGUGGCCACCCCAGCCAGCACGGGCAGCGGCCUGGCUUCAAUGGGCUCUGGAGCUCUGUCCGCUGGCCCCCCGGCCCCCCCUACACCGCACAAGAAGAUGAAAAAGCGAAAGGAACUCAACGCGCUUAUUGGUCUCGCUGGAGACGGCGGGAGGAAGAAGGCCAAAAAGGGCAGCGGCCACCGACUGCUACGGACAGAGCCGCCGGCCUCGGACUCGGACACGGAUACAGAGGAAGAAGAUGAAUUCGGCUCAUUGGAAGAUAGACAUGGGCGCUUCGGCAGGGGAAGCUUUCUACAGUGUUGUAAGAUAUGCUACCCUCUGUGUGGUUUUGUUGUGUUAGCUGCAUGCGUUGUGACUUGCAUUGGCUUGGUUUGGAUGCAGGUUGUUCUUAAGGAGAACAUGGAUGCUCUUAAGGAAAAAUUCAGAGCAAUGGAAUCCAAUCAGAAGAGCUCUCUAGAAGAGCUUCCAAAGAUAAAUGAAGAUUUGCUUUCAAAGCAAAAAUAUCUGGAGGAUAUCAUGACUGGGGAGAAGGGACUAAAUAAGCUCUGGACUAAUAUUACUGAGAUGAAUAAGCAGAUUGCUGUGCUGACCUCUGCUGUAAACCAUCUGAAAGCCACAAUAAAAUCCGCUUCUGAGCUUAUUAAUCUUCCUAACACAAUGGCAGAACUGCAGAAGAGUGUUGCCACCUUGGGUAACACAUUAACCAGUGUUCACAAUGAUGUAGAAACGAUGCAGGCAGUCACUGAAGAGCAAAAGAAGAAAGUAGAAACAUUGCAAAAAGAUAUGCAGGAUGUCCUAUUCCUCCAGAACUCUGUUGAUGAUAUGAAUACCACUUUGCAACAGUAUCAAAGACAGAAUGAUUUUAAAUUGUACAGUGUUGACAGCGUACUCUCAAAUUUAACCCAAAGAGUUGCCCUCUUUGAACAUGAACUGCAUUUUGCAAGCAAGAGAGAGAACGUGUCUCUCAAUUCGGUAGACAGUACAACAUCCCCAUCAACCGUAGCAGAUCCUGCAAACAAAACAACUCAGACAGAAUUUUCCCAGAAGGUCCCUGGCAGUGGGCAGCCAUCAACACUUCAGCAGAAGCUGCAGCUUAUUCACGCCCUGACAAACCAGCCAGAAAUUGGCAAGCAAGGGGUGAAAGACCCAUCAGGUGGUGAGGCUUUGCCAUCACAAACUACCCUUACAAGAAUGGCACCAAGAUCUGUCGGUUGGUCUGGGCAAAAAUUACCAGGAAUUUCCACAGAAAAAGAUCUUGAAGACCUUUUUAACAGGUCAGUGAAGGAUGUCAAAGGGCAGCUGUCAUACAAAGAAUUAGAAACCCUACUUGGUCCCGGUGUGCCCUCAUCUGGAUAUCUCAAGCAGUUUGAUGCAGAUGGGGAUGAUCUAUAUUCCAUUGCAGAACUGAAAGCACUUUUAAGUGCACAGCAGUGACAGCUCAACAGCAAAAAAUAUACAGGCAGAAUAAAUGGAUUCCUUUCCAUAUUCUUCCAAGAUGUCUCUUAUAAAGAUUUUCGGAGCUUGAAGUGACAUUGCUUGUUUCAUGUUUCUUUUAAGACAAUUUUAUAACCAGUUGUAAUGGAUGCAAGACAUUCUGGAGGCAGACAUCCUUGUGCUUUUAGAUUAUACGUAUACAGUUCCUACUCCCAGUGCCCUCCCCAUUUUAAAUUUAGAUUCCUAAUUUUAUAGUUACAAAUACUUGCCUUAAAUUAGGAAACCGCACUUUACAGAGCAUGGAAGUGUUCCUUGAUGGGAGGACCUCUGACAUGAAGAAUUCUAUGCACACACAGAGCUUAGAGCUGCAAGGAGCAAACACCACAUUUGUAGGUUCCAGUGUGUGUGCCUUGGAAGAAAUGACACUGAUGUGUGAAUGUGCAUACAGCUUUACUGUACCGUCUAUGCCUUUCUGGGCAUCAAGCAUGUUUUCUUAUUGGCAAUCACGUGGGCAUACCCAAUGGCGUAUGAAUGUACAGCACUGAAAACAUUACUUCAUAAUCUGUACAGUGUGCUCAGGAUACAGGGAGUCUAAACGCAAUUUGACCCUCAUGCUGGACAAAUAACUGCAAUGAAUACUGCUUUAUUUAAUUUUCCUUGUGAAUUAAUGGCUUGUUUUUCAUACAGAAUAACGGCAUCUUUUACACUCUUAGAAUGCAGGUAGCUAUGAGUGUGUGGCUAACCAGUUAUUCUUUCCCAUCAAUAACUUACCAGCUGUAACUGUUUAGCAGAUGUAGCUCAGUAACUAAGCUAUAUGCAGUGUGAUCACAGCUGCUGUUUAUAUUAUUUCAUUAUCUUCUGGAGCUGAAAGUAAUAACUAUUCUGCAAUGUAGGUCAUGCUCACGGAAAAAUACUUAGUUUCUUCAGAAUUUUCAAGAUCAUUUUUAAAUGCAAUGUAAAAUAUGAAAUCAUACCAGUCAGAUAUGUAAAUGUCUUUAAUAAAUUAUUUGUAUAGUUGGAA